CUGGUGGUCGACGAGGGACAUCGACUGAAGAAUAGGGAGAGCAAGCUCUUCUCGUGCUUGACCGGACGCAAUGGCUACAGGGCCAGUCAUCGACUGAUCCUAUCGGGGACCCCGCUGCAGGCUCGUCUUCUGACCUUAGCUCACUUCCCCUCCCCUCCUCCCAUCCAUGAACUCUGGUCUCUUCUCAACUUUCUGUUGCCCGAGGUCUUCGACACCAACGAGGACUUUCAAGAAUGGUUCUCGAAACCUUUCAGGACGGGAGACGACGAAGUUGACGUGGACGACGAGGAGAAGGAGUUUCUGAUCAAGUGCCUUCACGCCAUCUUGCGCCCUUUCAUGACGAGGAGGCUGAAAGCUGAUCUCAAAGACAUCAUGCAGCUCCCGGAGACCCGCGAGAACAUCCUCAAGUGCGAGUUCUCCUCGUUGCAGAAAGUUCUCUACCUCCAGAUGAACAAUCGAGUCGCCCAGCUCCGCAAGGUUUGCAACCAUCCCUUCCUCUUCGACGAGUACUUCCUCGGCAACGAGUUUCUCAUUCGCUCCUGCGGGAAACUUGAGCUCCUCGACCGCAUCCUGCCUAAGCUGCAAGCGGCGGAUCAUCGCGUGCUCAUCUACAGCCAGAUGGUCAAGUUACUACACAUCCUCCAGGGGUAUUGCGAGAUGAAAAGAUACAAGCAUCUUGUCUUGUCCGGAGAGAGCUCCUCCGAAGACAGGAUCAACAUGAUGAAGCUGUGGAAUGCCGAAGACUCCGAAUACUUCAUCUUCAUGCUCUCGACGCGGGCAGGAGGCCAGGGGAUCAACCUGCAGACAGCUGACACGGUCAUCAUCUACGAUAGCGACUGGAACCCGAUGAUGGACGAGCAGGCAAAGGCCCGCGUGCACAGACUGGGGCAGACGAAGCAGUGCCUCGUCCUGCGACUCAUCACCCCCAACACAGUGGAGGAGAAGGUAAACAAGAGGGCGCAGACGAGGCUGGCGAACGAGGACCUGGCGAUCGAGACCGGGAGGUUCAACCUGCGGACCGACGUGGAGGACACGCACGAGUUACUGAAGCAGAAGCUGGCGAAGGAGUUCGAGAGCAAGAUGGAGCAGGCGAAGGAGCAGGUGCACACGGACGAGGAGGUGAACGAGCUCAUUGCGCGAUCGCAAGAGGAGAUCGACCUGUUCAACGAGAUGGAC